GAAAUGCACGAAUGCAACGGCUCGCUUAGUCGACGAUAUUCGGUACGUAACCUUAAAAUGUGUUAGAAACUUUAGGGUGGUAAAAAAAAUGGUGGACGUCAGAAUUUUUUUCUCAAUCACUGUUUUCCUCCCAAUUUUCCUCUCAAUUUCCCUGCAAUCGUGCUAAAGUAUAAGUGUCUUAUUUUGUGCAUUGACAAACUGUGGCAACGAUGGCAAUGGCCGAUGAUUUGUGGAAAUCAUGCCUGUCCUGGCUGAUUCAGUGCCGCGUUAUCCCGCCCGAUCACAAAUCAACUUGGCCAAAUUCAGAAAUAAAAAUCCUCGCCUUGACCCUCCGGGAUGGUGUUAUUUUAUGCAAUCUCAUCAACUUUCUCGACCCAAAUGCUCUCGAUAUGAAGGACUUUCACCGGAAGCCACAGAUGGCUCAAUUCCUGUGUUGCCAAAACAUUAAACUUUUCCUGGAGACAUGCAAGAAUCACUUUGGGCUGAGAGAUUCGGAUUUGUUUGAGCCAACAAUGCUCUACGAUCUGACAAACUUCCACCGUGUCCUUAUCACACUGUCCAAGUUGUCGCAGUGCCGGAAGGUGCAACAAAUUCAUCCAAAUAUCCUAGGAUUCAAUGCACAACUAUCUCCAGGCGAGAGGAGUCAUUCUGAGGAGGAUAUCUACAAGGAUUUGCAUUCAACUAAUAACAAUCACGCGGAUUCUGUGGUGAAGAAUGUGGAAAAGGAAGAUUCGGUGGAUGAAAAGAGUGGUGACACGGUGGAUGAGAGCCCUGGAGGAAAUGAUGAAGGUGCUGAGAGUGCUGAAAGUGAGGUGGACAAUUCAUUAUUGGCUGUGAAGGAUUCUGGGCCUGAGGAUGAGGAUCAGGAGAAUAAUGUUAAGGGACUCUGUGGGGUGCUACUGAAUUCCCAUAACUGGUCCACAUCAAUCGUUGCCGAAAGUCUCGUUGGAUCGUCCCACAAUGAGGAGAAGAUUUACGAAGAUCUCUGCUAUGUGACCUUCUCCUCGGAACGCUUCCCAGAGGUUUCAUCCUCAACAAGCUUUGAACAGAGGGAUUUUGUAAUAAGAGAGCUUGUUGACACAGAAAGCAACUACUUGGACGUUCUGAAUGCUUUGAGGUACAAAUUCAUGCAGCCAAUGGAGAAGUUACUAUCCAAAGAUGACAUUAAGCUCAUUUUCCCAAAAGUUAGGGAAUUGGCGGAUAUUCACACAAAAUUCCUGGAAAAGUUGCGUGAAGCCGUCCAACCGAAUGCAAAGCUAAAGCUAAGUCAGGUGUUUUUUGAAUUUCGCGAGCCAUUCCUCAUUUACGGUGAAUAUUGUUCGAAUAUGACAAAUGCCACAGAUGGGCUUCGUGAUCAGAUUAACAAGAGUGAGAGCGUGAAGCAGCUCGUGAAUCAGUGCCAGAAGGAGCACAGCGAGGGACGUGUGCAGUUGCGUGACAUUCUAUCGGUGCCAAUGCAGAGAAUUCUCAAAUAUCAUCUACUCCUUAAGAAGCUCGUAGAUGAAACAUCUCCCACACAUGAGGAUUUCCGUGGGCUGGAACGUGCAAAGGAGGCAAUGGACGAUGUGGCACAGUACAUAAAUGAGGUGAAGAGAGAUUCGGAACAUUUGGUGGUGAUACAGAAGGUGCGUGAGAGUAUUAUGGAUUUGGAUUUACCCAAUGGGAAUGAUUUGCAACAGUACGGGCGUCUCCUACUCGAUGGGGAUCUCAAUAUAAAGGCGCACGAGGAUCAGAAGACAAAGCACCGGUAUGCAUUUAUCUUUGAGAAGAUAAUGAUUCUCGUGAAAAGUUCAAGUACACGCAUUGGCGAUGGACAGUACUCCUUCCGGGAGGCCCACAACCUGCAGGAAUAUCGUGUGGAGUUGUGUCAUUCACGGCGCACCUUGACACGUGAUGCAAGAUUGCGUUUUCAGCUGCUUCUUGUGCGGAAGACACAAUCCACGGCAUUUACGUUGUAUAUGAAGACAGAAGCGGAAAGGAAUAAAUGGAGUAAGGCUCUGCAGGAUGCCAUGGAUAAUCUUGAACCACCGGGAUGUCGCAAUACGGAUCACAAAUUCGUAAUAACAACAUUUGAAGCACCGGCAAUCUGUAGGCAUUGCUCUAAAUUCCUCAAGGGACGUAUCCAUCAGGGAUAUCGGUGCAAAACGUGCGAAAUUUCCGUACACAAGGGAUGCAUUUCAUCCACGGGACGCUGCCGGCAGGGACCCGUGAGUAUACCACCGCCAGUUUGCGAUCGGCAGCUAUCGGAAUUCUAUUGGUUUGUGGGCACAAUGGAUAGAGAUACGGCCACGACAAGUCUCGAAAAUAGGCGCAUAGGGACAUAUUUGCUGCGGGUACGGCCUCAAGGGGCAUCCAAUCCAAAUGAGACAAUGUAUGCCCUAAGUCUCAAAACUGAUAAGCAUGUAAUAAAACACAUGAAAAUCUACCAGAAGCGUGAUUCAGAGACUGUCUCGUACUAUCUGUCGACCAGACGGUACUUUAAGACUAUCAUUGAGCUAGUCUCGUUCUAUGAACGAAAUGAUUUAGGAGAAAAUUUUGCUGGCUUAAAUCAAUCACUGCAGUGGCCUUUCCGUGAAGUGAUUGCAACUGCAUUGUAUGAAUUUGUUCCAGAGGAGCAGAAUCAGUUGCCACUGCGAAAGGGUUGUCAAGUGAUUGUAAUCGGCAAGGAGGGCGACAGCAAGGGAUGGUGGCGUGGAAAAACCAAUGAGAGAGUUGGGUUCUUCCCUAAGGAAUACGUGAGAGAGCACCCUACAACACCGGAUGGUCUAUGAUAUUUAAAUUCUCUGUCAGUCAUUUUGUGCCAAAAUUAACGUUUAAAAAAGUAUCAUAUCCACCACCCCCAAGUCAGUCCAUAUUGUACCCGAAACACUCCCCCUUCCCCGAUCAAAUUGUUGUCAACUUGUGGUGCGUAAAAAAAGUGUUAAAAGCAAGUAAGUAGAUGAAAUGCAAAACAAUAAUUCACAUUGUAGAUGUGAUCUUCUCCCCCCACACAAAAGAAUAUUAUAAUUUGUGUUUAGAAGUGUAGGUAUAUUGUUAAACAAUUUAUGUGUUAUAAAAAAAAAACAGCGAUUGGAGAAAGAGAAAAAUUCUGCAUUUUUUGAUGAAUUUAUCGCUAAAAUUUGGGAGUUGCUGAUAUGAGAAAGAAAACAAACAAAUAGGGCUUUUAACAUAUUUUAGAGAUCAUUUAGACUGGGACAUAUUGCCUAGAGACAUUCCUUCAGACAUUUUUGUUAGAGAUUUUUUUUAUUCGUGAAAAUGAAACGAUAAAAAUGUACUGAAAGCAAAUUAAAAAAAAAUAAUAAAAUGUUGAAAAAAAGAGAAGGACAAGAUUGUAAUGAUUUAUUUGGAAGGAAAAUGGUGAGAACAUUGUUUUUAAUAAGUUUUAAAAACUUAAUAUAAAAUCAUUAAAUAAAGAAAAA